AUGAGUGGCAACUCUGCAAAUUAUGAUGUCGGAUACCCGAUAUACGGUGCUAAAUUUAUCAAUGAAAGCACCUUACUGGUAGCUGGUGGUGGAGGCCAGUUCAAUUCCUCUUUUCCGAACAAAAUUACGGCUUUGAGGGUGAACUUCCAGAAAAAGAAGCGCAUUAGAAGGUUCCGUGAGAUCACUUUAGAUUCGAUUGAUGACGCGCCAACUUCAUUAGAUUGUAACAAUAAUCUGAUUUUAGUUGGCUGCAACGAAUUAUUUAAUAAUCCUUCCAUGGAAAACGUCAAUCAUCAUCUAAGAAAGUUUGUGUUUGAACAAGAACAUCUGAAAUUCGUGGCCAGUAUUGACUUCAAUAGAACUACGGACCCAUCUGUUUUCACCAAGUUUAUUUACGUUAAUCAAAGGGCAACAGUGGCAGCAAUUGCGUCCUCUGAAGUGCCCACCGUGAUCAGAAUCAUUGACCCGAGGAACUUGACCGAAAAUUACGAAAUUGAAACAGGUAGGGAAGUUAAUGAUUUACACUUUGCCCCCAACGGUAUUCUACUGUCAUAUAUCACUUCUAAUUCUUUGGAAGUAGCAUCUGUCAGGGACGGGAAGUUUGUAGCAAGGAAAACAGAUUUUGAUAAAAAUCUUGUUCUUUCCAACAUCAGAUUUCUCAAUGAUAACACGCUACUGGUAGCCGCAUCAUUAACAAAUUCUGACGGAGUUUCUUUGUUGAAAUUAGGUGUAAGUUCUAAGGGUGUUAAAAUCUUAAAAACUGCAUCCUUCAUGUUCGAUUUGAAUGGAAUAACAUCGAUGGAUGUCUCUCCAAAUAAGAAGUUUGUGGGGUUAUCGUCUAACGAUAACUCGAUUGCCAUUAUCAGUGUUGAAAAGCUAAAGCUUAUUCAGCUAGUGCCAAGAGUACAUGAGUCCACUAUAACAAGAGUUACUUUCUCUCCAGAUUCUAGGUAUUUGGCAAGCACUUCUAUGGGGAACACGGUCAAUGUGGUAAAGCUCUCUAGUGCAUCGUCGUCAAUUUUACGAAAGAUUUGGAAAUUUUUCUUGAAUUUUGUUUUGUUAGUGGUUUUGGCUAGCGCUAUCCAACUGGGCUACAAAUUUAACGUGCACGGCUUUAUUUACGAACAUGCCCAUGAUAUAUACAAGUCCAAGUUCAAGGAAGACACUGCCGUAGACCAAGGAUCAUCUUCUUAUUUCACUAUUAACGAUGAUUACAGAGGAAUUACCGAAAGUGCAGAUAUUAUCAGCGCUAAAGAUUUGACUAGAGAUAUAAACACUGAAUUCUCCACAUUUGACACUAGUACUAUGAAAACAAUCACAGAAGAUGAACAAAGCUCUGUUUGGAUAUCAUGGUCAUCUGUUGCACAAUUCACCUCGACAGAUGAUCCAACAUCGGUUUUUCCUUUUUCAUCAUCGUCUUCUUCUUCCAAAAUUUCAGAAUUUGUUGCAAAUGAACGGCCCACCUCUUCUUCCUCUUCUGAAGAAAGUACCAGUAAUGAGUCAAUUUUGUCUUUAUCCACUUCUGAAGUUACUAAACCGCUAGUUUCUUCCACAGAAUCAAAUAUUGUCGAAAAACGCUUCAUGCAAUCGAAUGCAGAGUCUAUAGAGCCCAGAUCGUUCUCUUCGAAGUAUGUUACAGAACAUCCCGGGCCAACAACGGAUAGAGAUAGCCUGUCGGAAAUCUUCAGCAGUGAAUCACCUUCGUCAUCGCCUUCACAUUCAUUAUCACACAUGCCAUCUCCAUCUCCAUCUCCAUCUCCAUCUCCAUCUCCAUCUCCAUCUCCAUCUCCAUCUCCAUCUCCAUCUCCAUCUCCAUCUCCAUCUCCAUCUCCAUCUUCGUCUUCGUCUUCGUCUUCAUCUCCAUCUCCAUUUUCAUCUUCAUCAUUUUCUUCAUUGUCGUCAACAUCAACUAGCACUACUAUAGCAUUAUCCACUAGCACUACGACUUCAAUUACCGUCACAGGUACAUCCCCGAUCAACGAUCCAUCCAAUGUAUCUUUUCUGGACAGCUCAGAAAUCGCUCAUACAAGAGAAAUCUAUAAGACAAAAAUAAUUACUGAAGUCAUCACAAAAAUUGAGUAUAGGGAUAUUUCUGCAUCUAGUUCCGAAAUAGCAGCUGAACAAUAUAUCAGUACAUCUUCUUUAAUGUCGUUGACGCCUACAAACACUAUGGUUUCUCGGCCCGUGACUGAAAUCGAUCCCAUAGCAUCAGAAUUAGAGGGCAUGGUCGAAACACCUACUCAUCCUACUUCUAGGGCAUCGGAAAUUGACUCAGUUGCGCCUAAUUUGAUCCCAAAUGAAGAAGUCUUGUCAAUAUCAGCAUCCCAUGACUCUAUUCUCUCCCAUCAGGACACAUAUUCUGAUUUACCCAUAACCUCUAGCCUUCAAUCAAUGGAAAUACCUACUGUAUCUUCUUCCCCUUUUGCCUCUGGACCAAUCUCUUCGGCCCCUGCUUCCACUUUUUCUAAAUGCCAUUCCAUCUCUAAACCUGGCUCUUCAGUUAUUGUGGAGAGCGCAACCAGCUUAUUCCCGAAAACAAAAACAGAGCCCGCCAGAAGCGAAACUGCCAUUUCUACUGACAAUUCGGAUCAUAUCGGCGUCUUUACUGAUGUUGUACAAUCAUCUGGGGCAAAUGUCGGUAAGCCUUCCCCAUCAGACUUCACAAAUAUCGAAGAAACUUCAUUAGCAUCUAUAAGCUUUAGUAGCAAUGAUGGUUCAAUUGGCACGCUGUCUGACAUAGGCAAGGAAUCCUUAUCCAUAGAAAUUGCAUCGAGCACAGUGGCUCAACCGAUGCCUGACGUAACCAUAUCAGUGCCAUCGUUUGUUAGCGGUCCGCACGAAAUACCUGCUAGUUCAGUUAAUACAUCAGGCUUCGUACAGAAAGAAAUUGUGAUAGAGGUAAAGACAUCAAAAGACUCAUCAGAAACAUCUGGCGCACAGCGCAACAUCGACGAAAAUGUAAGCACUCUUGUCUCCCAGGUACUUGCAACGGAAACGCAUACAUCUGAUUAUGAAGAAGUCACCCAUGACACCUCUCCAUCUAGUGAAGUUGUUUCAACACUUAACUUAGAAAUCACCACUUUGCCUGGUGAAGUGACUCCUUCACAAACAGUUGCAACACCUUUGAAUAACAAUUCGAAUGCAAACAUUGUCAACGACGAUAGCUCAGCAGCGGAAACAGUGAAUUACGCUAACCUUCAUGAUGAAUUGUGA